AUGGACAGAAAGCAGAGCACUGUAACACCUCCUGCAGAAGUUAACACUUCACUAUCAGUACUAGUGGGCACAAAGGCUGUGCUCUCUUGCCCUCCUGUGCUGUGGACAAGUAUGCUGCUAACAACAUGGGAAAUAGUCCUCAGAGACAAGUUGCCCUGCUUCAGAGCCUUCAGGGGUGAUACAAAUGAGACCAAGGGAGGAAACUGUACCGACGAGAGAAUAACCUGGGCCUCCAGACUUAACGAGAAUCCUGCCCUUCAGAUUGAUCCAGUGGCCAUCACUCAUGAUGGGUAUUACAGGUGUCAAAUGGUAACACCUGAUGGGAAUUUCCAUCAUGGAUAUCACCUCCAAGUGUUAGUGCCCCCUGAGGUGACCCUGGUUCAAACUGAGAAUGGAACUGCAGUGUGCAAGGCAGUUGCAGGGAAGCCAGCUGCACAGAUCUCCUGGACCCCAGAGGGAGAUUGUGUCACUGAGCAAAAACGUCAUUGGGGCAAUGGCACAGUGACCAUCCAGAGUACAUGCUACUGGGAGGGCCGCCAUGUACCUAAUGUGUCCUGCUCUGUCUUCCACUUGACUGGCAACAAGAGUCUGUCCAUAGAGCUGGAUCAAGGUGUCAGAACCCUGAGAUUUCCAGCAUCAGCCUUACUGAUCAUUCUCUAUGUGAAAUUCUCUCUUUUCUUGGUUAUCCUAGUCACUGUGGGCUUCAUCUACUUCCAGAGAACAAAUGAUUGA